UUUUAGCGCAUGUUAAUGAGCUUCAAGCGGAUCCGGUGACAGUUUGCGGCUGAAGGCCAAUCAGAGGGAGACUGAGUUUGCAAGACACAAGACGAGCAGUGUUGAAGCUCUCCACGCUGGAAGUGUUUGACGAGCCUUGUCAGCUGCAAAGAAGGAUUUUUUUUUUUUUAACUUGGCUUUUCGUGGAUAUUUUGGGGAGCAUCCAUCGCCUUCGGACGCGUGCGCUUGGAACUUGUCGGCAUUUCUGUGUGGAUUUUGUACCGGAUCUCCUCCUCAGAACUCAUGAAACCAUCUUCUUCACUGUGUGGACGCUCUGAUGAUGUCUAUGGCUCUCAUGCCUGACACUCUCAAUGGCCCCGAUCCGUCCAAAUCGGCCUUUCUCGAGUUCGGCCACGGACAUCCGGCUCACCAGCAGCGCUCUCCGGGGCUUUCUCACAUUUACCCCGUGCACGGCUUCCACGCUGCCGGUCACUCGCAGCAUGACGGAUCCUUCCCGGGAAGCGCAUCUUAUGGCCGCUCGUUGGGUUACGCCUACCCGGGUGCUUCGAAUCCUCACACCCAGCCUGCCUACAUGCAAUACCAGCACAACAACAACAGCUCUGGCAGCGCUUUGAGCCUGCACGGUCGAUUAGAGCACGCAGAUCACGACAAGUCUCCGCUCGAAACGAGAGACGCACGUCUGAACGGCAAAGGGAAGAAGAUCCGGAAGCCCCGCACCAUCUACUCCAGUUUGCAGUUGCAGGCUUUGCACCAGCGCUUCCAGCAAACCCAGUAUUUGGCCCUCCCGGAGCGUGCUGACCUGGCUGCCAAACUGGGGCUCACCCAGACUCAGGUGAAAAUCUGGUUUCAGAACAAGCGCUCCAAAUACAAAAAGAUCAUGAAACACGGGAGCGGGCCAGAAGGGGAGCAUCUGAGCAGCACCAGCUCGGCGUCCCCCUGCUCGCCCCAUGGAAUGCCCCAACUUUGGGAUGUUUCCAUGGCCAAUAAAUCAGGAGGCCCCGUGUACAGCAAUAAUUACAUGAACACGUUGGGCCACUGGUACCCCAACCAACAUCCGCACCAGGAGGGCAUGUCGAGACAUCAGAUGUUGUGAAUGCAUGGAUUGUUUACUGCGGGCCCAUUGAACUCCACAAUAAACACGAACUUCUUCCCCGAGACGGACUUUUUUGCGCAUCAUUUUACGGAUCAUUUAUUGACAAAGGAGGCUGAAGAGCAGCUUUUAAUGCGUAGCGAUGUCUGGAUACAUGUUGAUCACGUUACCAAAAGAGACUUUUUAAUUUUCUCGGAGUUCACAAACAGAUGUUGAGUGCGCUCUGUUGUAACUUUGUAGUUAAUUGUGGAGAUGUCGCCUUUAAAUGCGUCCUUCAAAUGUCCCUCUGGCGUUUCUGUUGCGCAAACGGGCAUUUGAAUGGAACUCAGCAAAUGCGUGUGAGAUUCAAAUAAAUAAUAAUAAUAAUAAAAUGUUUGUUUUGAAUUUAACACAUUUUUUGUUGCUAUAACUUUGGGAUGAAUUGAGUCUUGAAAAAAAGAAAAUCAUACAGCAUUGAAUGUUGGUGUUUUUGUUGUUGUUUAAGUUCAAACAUUCAUUCUACUGUACUUAAAAUGUCAUAAAGUGAGUUGAAAGCAAAGAAAAGACGGGCUUUCACGUUCCAGGACAAUUAGGUUUCGGUUGUUGUUUUUUUAUUAUUACAACACUGAUCAAGUUCUUUCACCUUAAACGUAAUUACAGCAACAUUUUCAAUACUGCUUUUCAAACUCACUCAUAUUUAAACUCCAUUCAUGUUAAAAUAUUAGGUAAGCAUGCAUUUCCUGGAAAAACAAUGAUCCUUAGUUGCGCAUGAUAAACACAUAAAGUGACCUGAUUGUUUAAAAUUAUAUCUGUUUACCUUAUUUUAAUAUGUACAACCAAUGUACACAAUCAUAUAAUUACUUUUCCCCAUGUAUUAGCUCAAAUACAGUCCUGUAAUUUUAUAUUGUGUCCACUGCAAACACCUCGAUUUAAUCUCUACAAAUAUUUCAUUACAGCACAUACACACGUUUCUUUUUUUUUUUUCUUCUUUUUUUUUUUUUUUUG